CUCAGAAAAGUUGAGUGGCUUGCCAAACUUGUUAUGACUUUUCUAGGACAAAAAUCAAGCCCCUUAGUCCUCUUUCCUCAAUGAUACCCCUCAGGGCAGGCUCUUUUUGGGCCUCCUCCUCCACUGGCCUCACCUCAACUCCUUCUCUCUUCUAGGUGGAUCCUUGUCACCUAACCCCAGCAAUGGCGCUGCCCCCCAGUCCCCUGGCUAUGGAGUAUGUCAAUGACUUUGAUCUGAUGAAGUUUGAGGUAAAAAGAGAGCCCCCUGAGGGCCGAUCUGGGCCCUCCACAGCCUCGAUGGGCUCCACACCCUACAGCUCAGUGCCCCCCUCACCCACCUUCAGUGAUCCGGGUGUAGUAGGGGCCACUGAAGGGGUUCGGCAGGGUCUGGAAGAGCUGUACUGGCUGGCUGCUCUGCAGCAGCAGCUGGGGGCUGGAGAGGGGCUGGGGUUGAGUCCUGAUGAGGCUGUGGAGUUCCUGCAGGUCCAGGGACCAGCCCCUCCUGAGGGUCCUCUCUCCCACUACCCAGGAAGUGCAGAAGAGAUGGGUGGCCCGAACCCCCAGCUCCCGGUACUGGCUGAGCGGUUUUCCGAUGCUGCGCUGGUGUCCAUGUCCGUGCGUGAGCUGAACCGGCAGCUGCGGGGUUGCGGGAGAGACGAGGCUCUGCGGCUCAAGCAGAGACGUCGCACCUUGAAGAACCGCGGCUACGCCCAAGCCUGCCGCUCCAAGCGGCUGCAGCAGCGGCGGGGCCUGGAGGCAGAGAGGGCCCGUCUGGCCGCCCAGCUGGACGCGUUGCGGGGCGAGUUGGCGCGCCUGGCUCGGGAGCGUGACCUCUACAAAGCCCGCUGUGACAAGAUGUCAGCCGGCGCCCCUGGCCCCCGCCCUAGCCUUGGCCUUGUCCCUGACCCCGUCCGGUCCCCGCGCCCAGGGGACCACGGUCAUUUCUUCCUCUGAACCCCAUCUCUUUGGGGCCUGCACACCGGAGGAGCCCACGGGGCAUUAUCGCUUCAACGAUGGGUAUCUCUCCCUGGCCUGACGUGUGCCCCUUGGUGCAUCACUUAAGAGGGAGCUUUAUUCGUUUUUGUUUGACCCUGAAAUAUACCUUUAAAGGUCUUCCACUUAGGAUUCCUGAUCUCUCCCACAAGAGAAGUGAGGGAACUCUCUCGACCCAUUCCUUGGGAGUCAGCGUCCCCCAGCUUUUCUCCCCCUUCUGUCCUCAGGCCCCAGGUUCCAGGGCAUGUAUAUAGAAACCCUCUAGAGCUCAGAAUCCUUAUGCCGGGACCACGAACAACAUUGACAGACUUCCUGCAGAGGAGCAUAGGAUUUCUAUGCACCAGGGGUAUAUGUAGCAUGUAACAUAGAGGGUAUGCCCUUCCAUUUCCUCCACCUCAUUUAUCUUGGCUUCCAUUUUGCUGCUGAUUUAUGGCAUUUUGAGGUCUUGAGGAAUAAAC